AUGGACCUCGACGAGUUCUCCGACGAUGGGUUCGACGACCUGCCGGAUAAUGCCCUCCAAGAACUCGAGAAUAACGCAAUAAGCUUCACCCAAGCACACCAGCACACCCAGCACCAAGAGCGCCUCCCACCCGCCCGACAGCAACCACAGAGGGCAUUCUCCAACUAUGGCUGGGAUGAAGAUGACGACCUCGACACUUCGGAGGUCAUCAAUCCCGCCGGCGCUCCCUUGGGACGCCCGCUGGUUGACAAUAGUCUGCUCAAGCAGCCCCAGCAACCGCCCGCUCAAAGGCCGCCGAUACCACCGAAUCCGAAUUGGAACCCGAUGAUCAAUCCAGACAGCCGUGUAACUACUUCAGUAGCAGCAAGAUCACAAUAUGCUCCCCAGCAAACGGCGGGUAUUGGGCGUCCCCAAGCCAGCCAAUUCACGAAGCCUACUCUGCCAUCGCAUCGCUUUGGGCCGUCCCAGGGUUCGCAGCAGCCGUCGAAUCUCAACGAGAAUGUCUUCUCAGCAUUACAGCAACGUGUCAGAGCCCUCGAGGGUGAGCUCAACGCUGCCAAGGGCGAGAUCUCCAUUAUACGUGCCAAUUCAACGAAAGCCGACCAGGAACACAGCGCAGAAGUGAUCAGGUUGCGGCGCACCAACGCGGAACAUAUUGCUCGUCAAGAAAAAAUGAUCGAGGCCGCCGUGGCCGCUGAGAAGACGGCUAGUACCGAGCUGCAGUUCUUGCAGCAAGACAUGCGUGAUGCCACGCACCGGCCCAAGAGGAGAGAGACGUCCAGAACCAGGCGGGACUCGGAGGCAACGACGCCGAAGAAAUCGACCAAGGCAUGGAACGUAGCUGAUGGCUUCGAUGGCAUGGAGAUUGCGAGUCCCAGCAAAGGCCAGGGGCGCGGCCGUGGGGGAGCCGGGUCUGUCGCUGUCCAUGUUGGAGAACGGACACCGAGCAAGAAUAAGAGGAAGCGACCUACCAUGGAUAGUCCUGUGACGGCGCUGGAAACACAUACUGAUGACAUUUUUAUGGUGGACAGACCGGCUGCCGCCCAGUCGGUGCCUCCAGCAGCUGCCGUAGCGGCCAUGGCACCCGCACCGCUCUUCGAGUUCCUCCAGCUCGUGCUCGACCACGCCUCGUUUCAUUGGGAACCGCCGACGUUUGAUCUCCUGGCGCGAUAUUCCUUCCCAUCCGACCCAGAUGUGUCUAUGGCGACCCACAUCUUCCAGACCUUGCCGAUGAUGGGACACCCGCAGCGCCCGAUGCAACUCUUGGUGGACUUUGCUGAGCAUGUCGUGGGCCUCUGGAACAGAGCCUUUAAUGAAGAGUUGUGGCAGCCCAUCAAGUACCUGGUGGCACUUGUGACAUUCACGCUCCAGCUGCAUACGACGUACGUUGCGCCCCUCAUCGUGACCAAUCUUGCCAAUGUUGUGCAAGUUACCAUACGGAAGCUAGCAGAAGGACGACACCGGUUGCCUGAUGGGGAUCUGUCGAACAGCGACGAGUACCGGUAUCUGGAGCAAGACAUUGAUACGACGGACUUGAUGAGCCUACUCUAUGCCUGUUCGCUGGCUUGCGUCACCACGAUUAUGGAAACCGACCACGGUACUGAACUGAAGAUUCUCGAUUUUUGGCGGCUCAUGUCGCUGGACUUUGUGACUCUCCUUCUGACACCAAAGCAGAAGACGGACGACAUUAUUGGCAUGCUGGAGAUGCUGGCCACGUCCUCUUUGCCCGACUCGCUAGGCCCUAUACUAGACGACAAGGAGCCAGCGUUUGUCGCUCGUCUCGUUAUCGAGCGUGUGAGCGCAAAGCUGGUGGAGGUCCCUCUAUCAGCCACGACGGAGGCUGAGAAGCGCUGCAUUCGAGUCUCUGCAUUAAAGUGCCUGCUCACAUUUGCCCGAUACCCGUUCGGCGCCCAGCAGCUCGCCGCACACGACAACGCUCUGCCCCGAACGGUCACUUGCCUCAGCGCCGCGAUCGACUCGCUCUACGACAUUUCCAUCCCCUCGCAUGCCCUGCCUCAGGAUUCCGAUGCACCGCCGGACAUGGCAUCUCCUGCUGUCGUGCUGUAUCGCAUCAUAUCGCAAUGCGUGCUGUUGCUGCAUACUCUAAUUACGGACACGCCCGACAUUGCCCAGAAAUUGGGAGUUGCCUACGGAUGCAGUCAGCGGUACCUCAUCGCUUUGGGGAGACUGACCUUUGCCGAGGAGGAUCUGGUCAUGGAGGCGGGCAUCGAGGGGUGGGUUGUCGAGAUGGCCCACGAGUUGCUGGAGAUGGCCGUUACGCCCGAUGAAGGCGAGACUGUGAGCCAGGUAUUUGGCGGUCUUUGA